CGGAAGGAUGGACUUAGUACAGUACUAUACUAACUUAUUGAAAAGUACAGAUGUAACUUCUCUUUUCACAAUAUUUGGCUGCAAGUAUCACUUCAAAGCGGCUCGUAAAAUCGUUUAUCCGCAGCCGAAUAGCUUCAAAGUCAACCUCUCCAUGCUCAAUUCAAAUACAUGCCCCUCCAUAUAGCGCAUCUUGGAUAUGCGUCGUGCAGCUAGACCUCCUACCCGCGUCAGCAAGGCCUGCGAUAGGUGUAGGAACCAGAAAAAACGCUGCGACUUCGAACGCCCCUGCCAACAUUGUAUACAUGCGCGGACGGAAUGUGUCACGAAUACGGCACCAGUCACAAAAAAGCCGCGACUAUGUAGACAUAUCGACGCAGAGGUGCCCAGCCAGACCGUGGGCGGCCGGAAGACCUCGUCUCACCCCCACGUAUCUGAACAGCAAAGUGCAUCAAGCUAUCGUAGCAGCGUCUCAACUCACGACGAGCCCGAGGAGAUGGGCCAAGCUGAACUGACCUGGGAUACGCCGAACGCCUUGGAUGCGGGCGACAACUACGCGCCUCCGAACCAAAAUCCACGGAAACGAGGGAAUUCCCAUUUGUCCGACUUCGAUGCUGAUUCCGCGUUGGCAAUAACUCGAAAGAUCUUUGGGUCUCAGAAAUCGCGGGCUUUCAUUCACAGAGCUACCUCUGCGAUUCCUGGAGGGGGAUGUCGGGAUACCAGCGGCACAAGGACCUUAAACAAUGUGUUGUCUCCGCUGGUCCCCGUUUUCGAGAUAAUUGGAAUUGAGCUACCAACAUACGAAGUUUGCAACAAGCUCUUGGAAACGUACUUCUCCGCUGUUCACUGGUUCUCUCUGGUGGUCUAUGAGCCGAAGUUUAGAGGUCGAUAUAAUGCAAUUGUGCAGACAGGAUUGGCCAGCCGCAGCGACCAUGGGUUUUUGUUACUACUGCUCAUGGUUCUAACCAUGGGUUGUUGGUAUACCCCCAAGAACAAGUCCAGUGACCUUGGUCUCUCUGUAAAUGACAUGGAGGGUAUGCGAAGCCAGUUUUUAAAAGUUGUACAACGGGAUUUCAUGGAACUUAUGGACGAGGAUUGCCUAGAGUUUGUGCAGCUCUGCGCACUCCUCGGGUCAUUCUACCUCUACCAUGGCCGGCCACGAUCGUCUUUCUCCAUAUUGGGCGCUGCAACAAAAACUGCACAGGCGAUGGACUUGCAUCGCGAUUCUGAAAUAAGAUGGAACUUCGAGGACAGAGAAGAGCGAAAACGAGUCUGGUGGACAGUGUAUACGUGGGAUAGAUUUGCUACUAUAACUUACGGAAGACCUCUCGGCAUCAAUGAUAGAGAUUGCAACGUUCAAACACCAUCUGAAAUUUUAGAGAAUGUCCAUUUUUACCCACCCUUACAAGCAACACAGAUAUGUCUAUCAACGUAUCAAUGCCAGCUCAAUUUAGUAUACAAGAUUGCAUCUCCGCUUCUAGAAGACAUAUAUGGGAUGCGCACUUCGCACAAUAUGGAUCGCUGUUCCCAGCAGAAAAUGGUGGCAGAAGCGAACCAAGCCUUGUUGAAGUGGCAGCAAGAUUUGCCACCUCAUCUCUCAUUUGACAGACUUAGCGAUCUGACGACUUAUUCUUCGACGGAAGAAAAGAUGCACAGCCUACAGGCUUUAUCAUUACAGUUGACAUAUGACAAUAUCAUGGUAGUAUUACAUCGCCCACUGCUGGCUGGCCGUGGAUCCCUCGAACGAUCGGUAGCACCGGAGACGAUGUCUCCAAUCUCUCCAUUUUCAGAUGAUAUGCGGGAUAUCAGCUUCAAACGAUGCUUGAGAUCCGCCCUUCGAAUCUCAAACCUUCAACAAAAGCCGAACCUGCUCUCGCUCGCCCGUACGACGCACCUAGUGUCGUUUUUGGGCAUGAAUUUGUUCACUGCCUCCGUCGUCUUAUUUAUAUGCGCCCUGUCGGACACCCUUUCUGAUACAGCGCAGGAGGCGAAACGUGGCUUAAAAAGGACAUUGCAGAUGCAGAAGUCUCUCUCGAACCAUGCAUCUUUAUCCAUGCAGUGCACCACGAUCUUGGAGGACUUGGUGCAACUCAUCUUGAGAAAGGAGAUGGAGGAAAUGCUGCUCGACAAUUCCACGAGCGACGACAAUGCCCCCACUGGCUCCGCGACCCGGAAUGAGGAGCUUCAUAAUGCGGGGAUGAAUGAUAGAAUGAAUGAGGAGAUGGCGCCGAACAGAUCGGAAUCUCACACUGCAAUACACUCAACCGAGUUCGACAUUACUAGCCAAGAGGCGGCACCUGCUGAAGGCUCUAAUUUUAACCAGAGCUUGAGAACUCUACAGAAAGUUUUCUACGAUAGCAGUCUCCUACGACACCAGGGUGAUGCGGAUGUUGAUCUAGGUGCCCGCAAGGACUACGAGAAUUACGUGGCAACUGAACAUAGUUCCAAUCCGGAAGGGAUGAUCGGCUCACAGGACAUUGGAUUCAAUGACGGCGGCUUCACUGGCGUUGAGGACCUUGGCCAAUUCUGGUUGUGGAAUCUUGAAGACUUUAAUUAUUGAGAUUAAUCACAUCUCCAGCUUCUACAGCGCAUGCGUCCACCCCAGCCUGCGGAUUCAUUUACGAGGACCAUAUAUAAUGCUCUUUAUUCCUUCCUGCCUCCCUGCUCCUACAAACGCUUGCUCAGCACAGUCGAACUCGAACGAGUGAGUUAUCAGCUCCUUCAGACUGAUUUUCCUAGACUUGAGAAGCUCGAUUGCAAGCUCGUAGUCUCCUGGACCAUAUCGGAAACUUGUCUUGUAUACUCCUUCCUUGGCACAUAAUUCACCCACUGGAAAGAUAAUGUUCGAAUUUCCAAGCCCGGCUUGAAUGAAUGUACCGCCUUUCUUCAUCGCAAAUAUUCCACUACUAAUGCAACUCUCUACCCCCGUGGCGUCGAUGAUGACGUCUGCACCAGCUGGGAUGUCGCAUCUUGACAUGAUGGUCUUUGCGUUCUGUUCCGGUGCUAGUUGUUGCAUCUUGUAGGUAUGAGUUGCCGCGUAUGUUUGAGCAAAUUCUAGUCGAGAAUCUACGAUGUCUGUUGCGACGACGGUGGAUGCGCCGAACGCUUUAGCCACAGCACAACAUAAGAGACCGAUCGGGCCUGCUCCCAUCACCACCACCGUCUGCCCGAUGGUGAUGGAUGCGAGUUUCGUGCAGUGCACAGCAAUGCUUAGCGGCUCAACUAGCGCUCCCUCCUCUAUCGAGAUAUGUGGUGGAAGGAUGAAGCAGAAAUCUUCAGGCACGGUGUAGUACGUCGCCAAGGUCCCGUCGAUUGGGGGGGUUGCUGCGAAUCGCAUCUCGUCGCAGAGAUUGUACUUUCCAACGCGACAGAAUCCGCAGGUCCGGCAUGGGACGCCUGGUUCCAAGGCUACGCGAUCGCCUACUUGGACAGUCUUGACGUCUGUCCCGCAUCUGAUGAUAAUACCGGCGGAUUCGUGGCCGAGCACAAGUGGUUCGCGCACCACAAAUGGGCCAACCUCGCCAUGCUUCCAGUAAUGGAUCUAUGAGAACGUUUAGCAUCAGCUAGAGCCCCGUCUGUCUUAAUUGUAUGUUACGUACAUCGCUUCCACAUAUUCCAGUUGCCAUUAUCCUCACGAGUACAUGUCGGCUUGUAGGUAAUUCUGGU